CCAUUUCCGAGUAAACUGUAUUGUAAUUUUAGCAGUGAGCAGCGCGGUCCCCACAUAAUCCGCGCGCUGAAGUUGUGGUUGUGCGAAUUAUGUACAGUGAUUGAAAAAGGUUUACCGUUUACUUGUAGAAUUACUGAAUUAAACCACGUGCCUUAUUCAGUGUUCAAGUUAAUUAAUCCUUUGGGUAACUCUGUAACGUAACAACGGGCAAACAUGUGUCCGAUCUGGCCCCUUCACCUGAUCAUUCUGUACGUGCUGGCGAUAUGUCCCUUAUGGGUGCUAUGCCAAGCGGCGCCGGAGCUCACCGCCAACUUCGUGCCCAGCAUCGUGGACAUCAACAUGCAGGAGUAUAAAUACGUUGAUGUGAAUGUGCAAGGUACCAAUCUGCAAACAGGCGAUGUCUUUUCUGUGAGUACGAGGAACACUCACAUAGCUGAAGCAGAAUUCAACUCUACAGCUGUAUACACAGGGAGCGAAGACAGCACUUGGAGAGGCAGGAUACGAAUUACUGGAAAUUUCUUAGGCAGGACGGACGUGACGUUGCAGGCCCACCGCGGCUCGCAGCAGUUGCCGAUCACCAACAGCACCCUGCCGGUGAUCAUCGUGCGGCCGCAGAGAGUCAUCGACACCAUCUUCACCACCAGCGUUGCCACAUUUGUAUCUCUGAUCUUCAUUAACUUCGGAUGCGCCAUGCAUUGGCCGACGGUUCUGGAAGUGGUCAAGAGGCCCGUGGGUCCGCUCAUCGGAAUGGCUGGACAGUUCUUAUUCAUGCCGCUUAUGACGUUCGGUCUCGGGUUCCUGAUCUUCCCGGACAAUCCAGCGAUGCGUCUCGGCAUGUUCUUCACCGGAUGUGCUCCGGGUGGUGGCGCCUCUAACAUCUGGACCUUCAUCCUCGGAGGAAAUCUUAACUUGUCGCUCGCUAUGACGUCGAUAUCCACGUUGGCGUCCUUCCUGUUUAUGCCCGCCUGGUUGUUCUCGCUGGGUCAAGUGGUAUUCCGUGACGCGAAGAUCGUGGUUCCGUACGUUCGUAUCGCGACGUUCGUCAUUGGUCUCAUCGUGCCCCUGGCUAUAGGGUUGGGCAUGCAGAAAUGGACGCCAAGAUUGGCCACCUUCAUGGUCCGCAUCCUGAAAGGGUUCUCGACAACCUUACUCCUGUUCAUCAUUAUCUUCGCCAUUGUCACGAACCUGUACAUAUUCGAGCUGUUUACGUGGCAAAUCAUAGUAACGGGCAUGGGUAUCCCGUGGCUGGGCUACCUUGCCGGGUACCUGGUGGCGAUCCUGUUCCGGCAGCCGCACCCUGACGCGCUCGCCAUAUCCAUCGAGACCGGCAUCCAGAACACCGGUAUCGCUAUCUUCCUGCUCAGAUACGCUCUGGGACAGCCGGAAGCUGAUCUUACAACAGUGGUGCCUGUUUCGUGCGCUAUUAUGACACCAGUGCCGAUGACGGCGAUCUACAUCUACCAAAGAAUUAAGGCUUGUGCGGGAGUAUUGUCAACAGAGGAAAGCACGAGAAAAUCGUCGAAGAAGCCAACACCCCCGUAUCAGAGACGGUCGAGCCGCGAGUCUCCGUCAUCCCAGCCCUUGAUGUCAACGGGGCAAAGUAGUCCCGUCUAGACAGAUAUCAUAGACAAUUGUAAACAGCAUCAAACAAGUGUUACAUAUUUUUUUUCUAAAUCUUUAUAUAAUUAUCGAUCAAAAAAUAAUUAAAGAUAGGUAUCCUGCGACCUUAUUUUAUGAAUGAUGUUCGAAAAAAGGGGGCGUGGCCUAAAUUAUUGCCCUUAUUGGUCGUUUAAAAUGUUUUUUUUUGUAUUUUUGGCGCAGGAGUCCUAGUCCACAGAACAAUGACGAAAGUCUGAUGCUGUUUAACAAUGUUUAUAUUAAGGAGAUACUAUACAAGAUCUGUUAUCACAUGUCUACAAUUAACUAUGAAAAUGAAAUCCAAUGAAUUUAUAAAAGUUUUAAUAUACAAUAAGCAUUAUUUAUAAAAUUUUAAUACAUUUUAUGAGCAAUAUAUUAGUUAAUUAAUUCCAUCUUUAAAACUGCUAAGGAAAAAUGUUCAAUAAGUAUAAAGGUUUUAACUAAGUACCGAUAUCAAUAUGUCAAUUAUAAUCACGCAGCUAGUAAAGGGAAGCAGCUAACAAAGGAGACAAGUUUCCUUUCCCUAGAGCCUCGAUGGCGAACUUCUAUUGGUUAAAAUGCUAUCAUUUAAAAAAAAACAAUAAUAUGCCUGUAAAGUGCUAUCCAGGGCCGUCACUACUACUCCAGGCCCCUCUUUUCUGGGACGGUUUUUUAGAUCCCAACUAAUUUUCGGUGGCAUAUAUCAUCCAUUAUCAGCGUGCCAGAAUUAUUUCACGUACCAAUGGUUCACCAUCCCUGGUGUGGGGAAUGGAAAAAAUCACAUCUGUCGCUUAUUUUGACAAUAACUCUCCCGUAGCUCUAUUUUACAAACAACUGUGGAUCGCCAUAUACUGCAUCUGUUAUAUUUUUUGUAUUAUACGACUCAUAUACAGUCAGUAGACUUGUAGUCGGAUCUUGUAUUUUUUUAAACAAACCUUUUUUACUAUAUUUAGAGUAUCAUAGGGGUGCUUUGAAAAUGAGUCUACUUAAAAAUUUUGUAAAUUGGAUUUGAUACCAACAUUUUCUGUACAGUUGAAAAGGUCGUGGCAUGAUUUUAAGAAAAAUAUGCACACGUUUUAUCAUUUAUAUUUAUUGAAAUAUAACUAACCUUGUACAGAAAUUGGUUGAAAUUGUUGCACGGGCCUUCAUAUGUUUUGGCACCGUAUGCAUAAAAUCUGGAACAGAUUAUAAAUCUUAAGACAAGAGGCACAGAUAAGGAAAUUGAUUGACAAGAAAUCAGUUUAAAAAUCACUUCUUUCAUACAAUUAUAGGCCUAAUUGCUCGUCAAAAUUGAGGCAGUGGUAAAUCGAGUUGCUCUUAAAAUUUAUAAUCUGUUCCGGUCAUUGUUAAAUUUGAAAAUGUCAUUUCAUUGGCUGUAUUUCACCUAUAAAAUGUUCUGUCUAUAUUUUGCAAUAGAUUUUGGGGUAAAGGGUUUAUUCAUAGUGUAUUUUAAUUAGGCUUGCGUGUCCAAGUACCGAUUUUAAUAGGAAAAUAAUCUUCAAUAAAUUUUGUUUUAAAUGUACGCUUGGCUUCUGACUAGAGUUGUCUGCUGUAUUUUUCAUUAAAUUCGCUUAAAAUUUUGUUUAAGUACUAUAUGUAAUUUGAAACUAACUAUGGAAUUCUAAAUUUUAGGUUUGAUGUCAGAAUGAAUAUCGAAAUUGACCUAUAUUUUUAAAAUAAAGUUUCUAAAUACAAGUUACGAUAAUUCUAUAUCUAUUUGAUAUUUACAGAUAAAUAUUUGAGCCAUGCUAGAGAAAAAUCUAACAUUUUUAAACAGUCACGUGGUCUCGCAUAUAGAAAAAAUUUAGAUCUGUAUUUCGACAUUAUCAUUAUCAUGGCUGUUUAAGGAAUUUAAAUUUUAAAUUAAAUCCCUUUUUAGUUUUAAGGAGACAGCACGUAGUUCGAAGCCCAUAUUUUUGCUUUAUUUUCACUUAGAACUUAGUUACCAGACAAACUUUUCACAUGACUGGUUUUAUAGGUGAAACAGAUGUGAAGCGAGUUGUCAAGGCAGUCGCACAAAUGUACCAACGAGAUCAGUAUUUUGUUAUGAACAAACUGUUAUGUUUGAAUAUUGCAAUACAUUUUGUAUGGACUGUA